GAAAUAUAAAGUGGAUCCCAAAGGCAGGAAGAAGAAGCCAUGUCGCGAACGUUGCAGCUGAUAUUUUUAGGACAGUUGGUUUCUCUCGAUUUGGCCGUGGUCAGCUUCACGGUAUCUUUGAUCACUAAUCAAGGUGUGGAUGCGCCAAUGAGUGUGUCGUUCUUUUCAUAUUUGGCUCUGGCUGCCGUGUACGGUAGCGUAUUGGUGUGGCGCCGGCAGAAACUACGGGUAUCGUGGUACUGGUAUGUUUGUCUUGCAUUUGUUGAUGUGCAGGGGAACUAUCUAGUCACUAAAGCUUAUCAGUAUACAUCAAUCACAAGCGUGACUUUGCUGGAUUGCUGCACCAUCGCGUGGGCGAUUCUUCUGACGUGGAUGUUCUUGGGCACUCGCUAUGUCAUCUCGCACUUCUUGGGAGUAAGCCUUUCCCUGCUUGGCCUUGCUCUCGUCGUUCUCUCUGAUUAUGAUCCGACUGCUCAAGAUGCUUCAGAACCUCUGUUAGGGGAUAUUCUCGUGAUUGCAGGAACUUUAUUUCUUGCAAUGAGCAAUGUCGGCAUGGAGCUAUGUGUGAAGAAGAAAGACCGCAUUGAAGUUAUGGCGAUGAUUGGUGUGUUUGGCAUGCUCAUCACUGGAUCAUGGAUGGCUACAUAUGAGAGGAAGAGCCUUGGCUCAAUCACUUGGUCUCCUCGACUAGUAUAUUCAUAUGUUGGUUGCACAAUAGCAAGCUUUACAUUCUGCACACUGGGGCCUCUUGUUUUAAAGAUGAGUGGAGCCACAUUGUUCAAUUUGUCUCUACUCACAUCUGAUAUGUGGGUUCUACUAAUCAGAAUCUUCAUAUACAAGCAACAGGUUAAGUGGCUCUACUAUCCAGCUUAUGCACUUGUCAUUUUGGGAAUUUUCAUCUACUUGACAAAGGGAAGUGAUGAAGCCACAGACGUUGUGGAUGACGACUAUUGUAUUGUCGAGGAACAAAAUCCACAUUUUAGAGAUGGCAAUCAAUCUUAGUAGAAAAACUUUCUAAAUA